AUGGGCGCGCCAGGUGAGUGCUUUGGGAAGAGGGCGGUGUGGAUUAAAGUGCCCAAGGAACAGGCAACACUAGUUCCCGUUGCGAUUGAGGCAGGAUUUUGGUACCACCAUGCAGAGCCUUCAUAUUUGAUGUUAGUGUAUUGGAUACCUCAAAUUCCUUGUACCGUCCCUGAUAAUGCUUCACAUCAAGUUGGAAUCGCAGCUUUUGUAUUUAACGACAAAGGACAGGUUCUAGUAGUUCAGGAAAAGUGUGGACCUUACAAGGAUUCUGGGUUGUGGAAAAUGCCAACAGGAAGGAUUAACCAGCGGGAAAGCAUUCAGGAAGGGGCCAGAAGAGAAGUUCAGGAAGAAACAGGGAUUGAUACAGAAUUUUUACAAGUGGUCGGAUUCAGGGAUGGUCACAAUGCCCUCUUUGGAAAAUCCGAUAUGCUCUUUGUGUGUAUGUUGAAGUCCGUUUCUUGUAAUAUUGUUUGGAUGGCCAUGGAUGAAUUCGCAGCUCAACCAAAAAAUCAACAGAGUAAACUUCUAAAAGAUAUGAUUGGUGCGUGUGUCGCCACCAUGGACGGACGAUGUGAAGGAUUUUCAGCCACUGAGAUGCCUGCUAGUUCGCGCAAACCUUCUGCUUUUUACUGCAGCGCCAUCCAUACUGAAUAA